AAACAUACCUGAGCUGAGGAUGCGUCUGGAUUGCUUUUACGUCAACGAGGACCUUUGAUCCUACAGCACCUUAAGCGAUAAGGUUCGCGACACGUGAUGAUUACCUGGCUCCAGGGACCUUCAGGAGGACAACAACAACAGUAACAAACGUCAAUUGAACCAAAUAAGCUUUGCUUGAUUGUUCUGUAGCCAGUAAUGUGUUCGAUAGUAGCCUGUACACAUUCCUCAAGAUGAAUGGUAGCACAGCGGAAUCGCUGGCGCUGGACGCAGCCGACUACGACCCUGUAGCGCACCUGAACCAGAUAUUCUCCCACCCUUCAACCAUCACCUCCGUCUCGCACGUCUCGACCACCCUCCACACCCAGCAAGAUGCCCUCUCCCGCCAGAUCACCUCGCUCGAGCAGUCGCAGGCCUACGGGCCCGACAGCAGCCUCGAGCGCAUGCAGUCCGCGCAGGCCGAGCUCGCCGGCCUCUUCAAGAAGAUCGAGACCGUCCGCAGCCGCGCCAUCCAGACCGAGCAGAACAUCACGAGCAUGACCGCCGACAUCAAACGCCUCGACGGCACCAAGCGCAACCUGACCCUGUCCAUGACCGCCCUGAAGCGCCUGCAGAUGCUGACGACGGCCUACGAGCAGCUGCGAGGUCUGGCCAAGACUAGGCAGUACAGGGAAUGUGCGAGCUUGCUGGCUGCCGUGCUGCAGCUCAUGCGCCACUUCAACAGCUAUCGCAGCAUUGAACAGAUCGCCACACUGAGUAGAGGCGUCAGCGACUUACAGCGCGAGCUGCUGGAGCAGGUCUGCGAGGACUUCGAGCUGGCUUUCACCAAGGAUGAGGUCAGUGCCAGGAAAGCGACUCUCAUCGAAGCCUGCGGUGUCAUGGAUGCUCUGGGUGACAAUGCCAGGUCGAGACUCAUGACCUGGUAUGUCAACACGGAGCUCAGGGAAUACCGUCAAGUAUUCAGGGGCAACGAUGAAGCAGGAAGUCUGGAUAAUAUUGGCAGACGUUACGCUUGGUUUAAGAGGAUGAUCAAGGGCUACGAAGAAGAACAUGCCGCCAUCUUCCCCCCGCAUUGGCGGGCUGGCGAGAUGCUGGCCACGGCAUUCUGUGACGGCACAAGAGAUGAUUUCAAGGGCAUUUUGGAACGGAGCAUGCGUAGGGUCGACGGCGCAAAGAUUGACGUCAACCUACUCCUCAGUUGCCUGCAAGAGACCAUGGACUUCGAACAGAGCCUGGAACGGAAGUUUACCGACAAGCCAAGGGCGAGCAUCGAUACGCUCAGCUCCGCCGACGAGAGGAGUCAAACCUUUAACGGAUCCAUAUCUGUUGCAUUCGAGCCAUAUCUGAGCUUAUGGGUGGAAUCCCAAGACAAGGCGUUGGCGAGUAUGAUACCCAAAUAUAGAACACAACCACUUAUACCGCCCGAUGAAGAAUUCUCGCCGCAAGCCGUCAUCGCCUCUUCCAUAGAGCUCUUUCAUUUCUACAAAGUCACAUUAUCGCAGUGUGCCAAGCUGUCCACAGGAGAUCGGUUGCUGGAGUUGACCAGGACAUUCUCGAAGUAUCUUGAUGAAUAUGCGCAACAGGUACUACUGGCCAUCCUCCAAAGGACAGGUUCGGUUGCGGCGUCUCUCGAGGAUAUAGUAUUGGUCAUCAAUACAGCAGACUUUUGGCAUACUAAUACGGGACAGCUUGAAGAUAGCAUAAAAAAGCGCAUAGAUCCUGAAUUGGCUGAAAGAGUCGACCUCUCCUCACAGGCAGACUCAUUCCUUGGUGUGGCUAGUGCAGCUGUCAUGGCGUUGGUCAACAGGGUUGAAGCGGAUUGCGAAGGCGCAUGGCGCGAAAUGAAGAACACCAAUUGGAGCAAGAUGGAGAGUGUCGGUGAUCAGAGCUCUUAUGUCGGUGAGCUUUUGAAGCACGUCAAUACUGAGGCGGAAGCAAUCUUGGGUGUGCUGGCCAAGCAACAGUAUGCCCGAGCCUUUGCGGAUAACCUGGUCGAGCACCUGGCGACUACGUACAUUGGCAAUAUCGUCCAAUGCCGGCCUGUGUCCGAGGUCGGCGCUGAACAGAUGUUAUUGGACAAAUAUGUUCUCACCAAGGCAUUCGAGAAUUUACUCCAGUAUCACAACCCAUCGUCGUCGCCUCAUGUUCCUGCAGCUGGUUUCGUAAAGCGGGUGAACCACACAAUGACACGAAUAGACCCGUUACUGAAGACGCUGCAAGUCCGCCCGUCACCACCGGAAGGCUUGGUACAAGCCUAUCUUAUCCAUAUUGGCGACAAGUCCGACACAAACUUUAAGAAGAUCCUCGAACUCAAGGGCGUGCGCAAGCUGGAUCAAUCACACCUACUCGAAUUGUUCCAGAUACACCGGGAGGGUUCUGCGAAUGACAAGCUUGUGGCCCAAAGUCCUUUGUUGACACCACUCUUAAACGCACCAGGAAUUGGAUCUACGGUCGGAAGCAUCAACCCCAGUGCUGCACUGAUGGCUGCACAAGGUGCUACCAGGUUCGAUGCUGCGAGUAUAGGGGAGAAAUUACUCAGUGCAGCAAGAGACGGCGUAGAGAGAAUUGGUACCCCGGCGCAGCAAGGCGCAGCUGGGCAGCAAGCAACCGCAACGAUGAACGAGAACCUGAAGAAUUUUGGAAAGUUUUUCCGUAGGGACAUUGGAGGAUUGGGUGUCAGGUUCGGAAAGGGAAGUGUAGAUGAGACUAGUAGGUAAUAUGCAACGGAGACUCCAAUACUGCCGGCACUCUUGGUGCGUCAGAUUUUGCUGUAGACGCCGAAUUAUC